AUGCAAAAGAUCGAGAAGGACUCUUCUCCACGAACCCCCCAAGCGCACGAGGAUGUCCAGACAACUGAUGUAGUGAUCCGCUCAGAUGCGGCAUGGCGGCAAGAAGAUAGAAAAGCGGGACUGGCAUGGACAAUGCAGACGACAUCGGUCAUCCUCCGAAUGAAGCAAUCUAGUGGACAUGUAGCUUCCCCACUAAUGGCAGAAAGCCUUGCCUUACGCGAAGCGGUACUCUUCUGCAGGAACAAAGGUUUCGCAUCCAUCCGGUUUGAAUCGGACUCCGCCCAACUGAUCAAUGCCAUCAAGAAAAAUGAGGCAAUAUCUGAACUGCAUGGAGUCCUCUCUGACAUAAGGAAGCUGAGCUCCUCAGUUUCUCCAUCAUGCUCCUUCAAUUGGAUCUCGAGAACUCAAAAUGUUGUUUGUGACUCUUUAGCUAAAGAAGCAUUAUGUUUGGUUGAGACAUUUAUGCCAACCACCUAA